AUGCCUGGGUCCUAUGGGACGGCGGCGGAUCCUUGGCGUGCAGUUCUGCACGCCGGUCUUUCUUUGGCGUGCAGGCGUGCACGCCAAUCCCCACCUGGCGUGCGGUUUGGCGUCUCAGUCACAAAGGAACUCAUCAGAGACAACCAAAUGUGCUUGUUGGUAGACGGGUCCCACAUUUUGCCGCCAUACCUAACCAUUAUGGAAUACAUCAUUUGUGAACUGAAAACCAUCUCAAUCUUAGAAGGAGAGGAUCCCCCGGCAAAACAACCGGCCGCCAAUCAACCUGCCGCCAAUCAACCUGCCCGGCAACAAGCUCCAGUAACUGCGCCACAAAAGGAUCCAGCAAUUGAAGAGUUGACCAAGACUUUAGCAGGAUGGAAAGUCCAGAAAGGCCCUGUGAUAUAA